UUCCGUUUCCGUACAGAGGCUAAAGAGCAAACACGAUGGAGAAGGCCGGCGGGAAUGUUAGUGAUGGGAAGAAAGCCCUGAAACGAAAAGCUGUUUCCGAAGAACCAGAGGAGACUACAAACUCUGGAGAUGGGAACGUGGAAGGUGGGGUCCACCCGCCGAAAGCGGCUGCCUUUCCCCCUGGUUUUAGUAUUUCGGAGAUUAAGAACAAGCAGAGGCGACACUUAAUGUUCACGCGGUGGAAGCAGCAACAGCGGAAGGAAAAGUUGGCAGCUAAGAGAAAACUUAAGAAAGAAAGAGAGGCUCUUGGUGAUAAGGCUCCGCCCAAACCUGUGCCCAAAACUAUUGACAACCAACGAGUAUAUGAUGAAACCAUAGUAGAUCCUAAUGAUGAAGAGGUUGCUUAUGAUGAAGCUACAGAUGAAUUUGCUUCUUACUUCAACAGACAAACUUCUCCCAAGAUUCUCAUCACAACAUCAGACAGACCUCAUGGGAGAACAGUAAAACUCUGUGAACAGCUUUCCACAGUUAUACCAAAUUCACAUGUUUAUUACAGAAGAGGACUGGCUCUGAAAAAAAUUAUUCCUCAAUGUAUCUCAAGAGAUUUUACAGAUCUGAUUGUUAUUAAUGAAGAUCGUAAAACACCAAAUGGAAUUAUUUUGAGUCACUUGCCACAUGGUCCAACAGCUCAUUUUAAAAUGAGCAGUGUUCGUCUACGUAAGGAAAUAAAGCGAAGAGGCAAGGACCCCACAGAACACAAACCUGAAAUAAUUUUGAAUAAUUUUACAACUCGGCUUGGUCAUUCCAUUGGACGUAUGUUUGCAUCUCUCUUUCCUCAUGACCCUCAGUUCAUUGGAAGGCAGGUUGCCACAUUCCAUAAUCAACGGGAUUUUAUUUUCUUCAGAUUUCACAGAUACAUAUUCAGAAGUGAAAAAAAAGUGGGAAUUCAGGAGCUUGGACCACGCUUUACCUUAAAAUUAAGAUCUCUUCAAAAAGGAACGUUUGAUUCUAAGUAUGGAGAGUAUGAAUGGGUACAUAAGCCCCGGGAAAUGGAUACAAGUAGAAGAAAAUUCCAUUUGUAAAGUAGCUUAAUACUGGAUUUUGCUGAACCAGGGCUGUCUUCACCUUGGUAAAUUACUUCUGAAGAAACCCUUUUCAAAUGGGCAUUUCUUGAUUUCAUAAAUUUACUUUCUGGAAAAAUUAAAAAUACCCUGAAUUCCCAGUUUGUAU